AUGGUCACCGUACCAUACACAAGAGACCCGCAGCUUCAAAGACAGAGGGAAGACGGAUUAGGCCUCGGCAGACUCCUCAAAGUAAGCAUCCACCACACAAACGUGGUGGACGGACCUGCGGAGCUAGCAAGUUCACGUGGUGAAGACUGCUUCAGUGACAGCAAAUCCCGAACAGCCCUUAAGCGUGUGCUGCGCAUGUGGUCGCAGGGCCUGGUGUUCCACCAGGCGCUAGUGGACUGCGCGCGCGCCGCCAUCCUGCUGCCGCUGGCCGUCAGCAUCCUGCGCUGCCAGCCGGUGCACAAGUGCUCGCUCGUCGAGACGGCCUUCCUGCUGCUCGUCACCGUCUCCACCGUCAACAUGCUCACCACCGUGCUCAACGACUCCCCUGUCUUUCCGCAGGAUGACGAGACGGAGGAGCAGAGCCCGCUGCUGAUGGACUCGCCGCAGUGCGUGCUGUUCGGCACGUUCAUGAUCUGGUUCGCGUCGAUCACGAUCAACCUGGGCCCCACGUUCCUGAGCGGCGCGCUGGCCGCCAGCGCCGAGGUUAGCCACAACGCGCCCAGCUGUCCUCUGGUGCACGGGCCCUUCCGCCACUACGUGCUCAACGUGCUGUGGAUCGCCGUCAACGUCGUCUGCGUCCUGCUCACGCUCUUCCACCUGCACAAGCUGCACCGCGACCUCACCAAGGCCAACGUGCAGGCUGUGAGGGUGGCGGGCCUGGUGACGACGCUGGUGAGCGUGACCGGGGGCAGUGGCGGCGGAGCCACGGCGGCGGCGACGGGCCUGCCGGGGGCGGUGGGGGCGGGUGCCAUGUCCCGCGGCCUGCCUCCGGGGGCGGCGGCCGGCGAGAAGCUCGGGGGCGGCGCGCUGGCCGAGAGCCGGCGCAUGCGCAACUACCUGCAGCGCGUGGAGCGCGAGGGCGUGCAGCGCGUCAAGAUGUUCCUCGUCAUCACGGCCGCCUACGUCGUCUUCUGGGGGCCGCUCUUCCUCGUCACGCUCGUCCACCGGCCCGCGCUCGGCUCGCAGCUCGGCUACGAGAUCACGCUGCACGUGGCCUACGUGCACGCCUUCGUGCAGCCGACGCUGUUCCUCGUGCUGCACCACGGCCUCCGCCAGGCGGCCCUCGAGUCGUGCUGCCGCCCACGUCGCCCCUCAAUUGAAAUAAAAUUUUUGGACCACUAUGCACAUACGAAUGUGUCACGACCCAAUCUCAUUGGAUAA